CUCUCCACCCCCCUCUCUUCUCUCACAUUGCCUUUCCUGCAAUAUCUCUCCUCCAUCUUCUAUAUAACCGAUAUAGUCAACAAUGUGUGUGAGGAAGACUGAAUGAAGAAAGAAAGAAAAAAAAUAAAGAGAAACGGAGAUAGAUAGAGAGAAAGAGAGAGAGAGAGAGAGAGAGAGAGAAAAGCGAUAGUGAAAGAGGAAGCGAGAAAGAGAAAGAGUGAAAGAGAAAGAGAGAGAGGACGAGAGAGAAGUGAAUGGUUUGUAUACACACCAAUACACCAAUACAACAGGACUAAGGAAAACGACGUCACUUUACCAAACUCAUGCAAAAGCCGGAGUAGAAAUCCACAUGGUCUUAUCGCAUCUCUUCACUCACACCUUCACAGUCACCGUUACCUACCUCUAACUCUCUCUCUCUCUCUCACUUUCUCCCUCUCACUCUCAUAAAAAUUUCUCUCGCUCUUUCUGUCUCCCUCUUUCUCUCAUUUUCUCUUUGACUCAUUCAUACAGAGUUUCUCGUUCCCUCAUUCUGUCUGUCUUCCGUAGUUAUACAAUCUCUUCCAUAAUCUUGAAAGUAAUAAUUAAACUACUUCUCUCUCCUUCCCACGCUCUCACAGACACUUUGUGUCAAUCUUUCUCUUCAAAACAUCUUUAAUCUACACACACACACACACACACAUACUUAUAUAUAUAUAUGUAUACACACUACAUGCAGACACACACAUACACACAAAUAUAUAUAUAUAUUGCCUACAGAUGCAUACCUAUCUGUCUGUAGGAAUUUUCUCUUAACUCCACAAUAUAUUCUCUGACACUCUCUCAUUUACUCUCACACACUCUCUUAUUCUCAAUCACUCAUUCUUUCUUCCUUCCUCAGCAUCACUCUCUCUCACUCUCUCUAUCUCUCCGCGUGUCUUCCUUCCUGCCCUCCAUCCUCGUUCCACAUCUCCUUCUUAGCAUCAUACCUUACCUUGCAGCGAUUUAUACUGUAUUAUAUAAACUACUUGGGGCUUAAAAACCAUGCCGGCCCGACUGAUAUUUCCCAUGGCACCUUUAACUGUCUGUUUGUUGUUAUUAAGUGCAUCAGGUGUGUCAGGAGUUACAAAGAAACAAGUUACCCAACUUUUGGAUAAUCUACUAAUAAAUUACAACAAAGGAUUCCGCCCUGGUCAUGGUGGUAAACCGCUUUAUAUCCGGGCACAUAUACUCAUUCGAAGCAUGGGUCCUGUCACAGAAAUAGACAUGUCAUACUCCAUGCAGCUUUACUAUCGACAAGUUUGGUAUGAUAAACGACUAGCAUUCAACCUAGAAAACAUUACAGAACUUCAGUUAAAUAACAAAUUUCUGCACAAUAUAUGGAAGCCAGACACAUACUUUUUGAAUGGAAAGAAGUCUUAUCAGCAUGAUAUUACAGUUCCCAAUAUUUUUUUGAGAAUGAGAAAAGAUGGCCGUCUUUAUGUUUCUCGUAGGCUGACGAUUCGUGCUCGUUGUCCAAUGAUUCUCAGAAAGUAUCCUAUGGAUGAAGCUAUUUGCCAUCUUAGUCUCGGGAGCUUUGGAUACAGUACGGAUGAUAUAAUCUACAUAUGGGCCCACGGUUCAAAUUCUGUGGAAGUUACCGAUGUCACGAUGACUCAGUUUGAAAUGAGAGGAUUAAAAGUCGGAAAUCAUACACUUUAUAAAAACCAAGCAUAUUAUUCGAUCCUUGGUGUAUCGUUUUACUUUACCAGAAAUCUCGGAUUUUUCAUUCUACAAACUUAUUUACCUUGUUACCUCAUUGUGGCACUAUCCUGGAUAUCAUUUUGGAUCAACAGAGACGCAGCCCCCGCCAGAGUACUACUUGGAGUAACCACAAUUUUAAGUCUAGCAGCAAUUGGUAUGACUGUACGUGAAGGACUUCCAAGAGUUCCCUAUGCCACAGCCCUUGAUAUAUUUCUCAAUAUGUGCCUUGUUUACAAUCUCUCGGCUCUAAUCGAAUACGCGGGCGUUAACUACUUUACCAAAACCGGUCCAGGAAGUCCUCCAGAAAAUGAAGAGGACGAGUUGCCCAAAACUGCCUUCGCGACAUCUUCGUCAAAAGUGCUUUUGCCUCUCAGUGAAUCAAACACGCAUACAAUAGAAAAUGUGGACGCACAGCAUAUUGUGGAAAGUUGUACUACAAAGAUCCAACGAAAGAAAUACAGUGGCAGCUGUGCAAAUGCUUUCUGGAACUGCUUGACUGGUAACACGUCCUAUCGUUACGGGAAGAAUUCCACCAUGGAUAAAGAGCGUGGUCUAAGUGUAAGUCGUAUCGACAAAGUAGCCCGCUAUGUAUUCCCCAUUUCUUUCGGUAUAUUCAAUUCUAUAUAUUGGUGUGUUUAUCUUUUAUCACGCUGAUUGUCUACAGUUUUGGCAACACACUAAUACUAAGUUACGAAAUUUCAACACAUGUACAGCAACUGAAAUGAUAUUCGCAUGAAAUACCUACUAACGUAUAUCUUUGUACAUGCGUUUGUAUAUAUGUAUGCAUAUAUCUA